GUGUAUGAGAGUAUUACUACACUUUUCUACCUUAUUUGUUAAUUUAUUUCUUAUAAAUUUACAACGACGGUGGUAACCUCUGACCUCGUGACGUCACAGUUUGAGAGAGAGCGCGCGCGACUGUCAAAACAACAGUAGCAGCUCAAAGUUUGAUCCGUUGAAGUUAAAAACUGUGAACGUCUUUUCUCUGUCGUGUACACAUUAUCGGCUCUGCGACAGAGGAGCUGUCGCGAUGGGCUCAAAGGUGAUAUCCAGUGCCAAGGACUUUUUUAACAUUCUUCGAUCCCUGCAGGAUGAGGAAAGCAACGAUCCAUUCACACACGAGGAGGACGUUCAAAUAUUAAAGAUGAAUGGCGAUCAAAUUGCUGUGGUGAAUAUGUACUGUGGUAACCAGCCAGUCUUCAUCUGUCAAAAAGAUGUUCCACAGAUAAGUGAACCCGAUGGUCGUCAAAUAACUGAGAAUUCAAACUGCUCUGCUGAUGAUGCUGAUGCUGAUGCUGAUGCUGACGAUGCUAGUGUUCUCCAAACAGACCUGGGACCACAGCCGCUCACAAUCUCAAAAGCAAGGAAGUUGCUGUCUUGGUACACAUUAGCUCAAAAUGGCAAUAUGUCAGCUGGGAACAAUAACACUGCAUUACACCCUCUGUGGGUGCGGUGUGACAUGUCUGAUCCUGCUAGAACAACCUGGUUUGGGGCAGAAACAGUCUGUGUGGGACACAAAGUGUCUGGUGUAAAAUUAUACUCUGUUACCUGCAAAGGCUCAACGGUCGACAAAAGUACUUUCAUAACCUUGGAUGAGCUUAAACAAGAGCACAAGAAAAGGCAUCACCCAUCCUCGAUGGGAAUUAAGGGCAGUGCCAGGUUCAACUUGUUUGGCUCCACUGUUGUUGAAAACACCAUGAUUGAGUCACAGAGCAGUGUGACAGUGGAUUUCAAAUGGAGUCACGUGGAGAGUAUCCUUGAGACCCCACCCCUGUCUUCUACAGCUACACUGAAUAUCAAAGUUGCCAGCGGCGACAUGAGAAGCCCGAUGUUCGAGAUGUACAGGGAGCUACAGUUUCUUCAGACUCUUGCUGAUGGUUUGAGAACUGGUGAGACUGAAUGGAUGGAACCUUUGGAAAGCAUAUCAGCUGUAAAUCUUACCAAGGCGUACCUACAAGAACUUCAGAGCACUGCAAAGACACUACAAGAUCAGGCUGCAAAAACAGUUGAGAGCACAAAGCCGAAAACUGAGACCGACACUCCCAUUUUCAACUCUCUCUUGGAACGAGGCGAAUUAGAUUUUGUGGAACAGUUGUGGGUUCGCAUGAGAAAGAGUGUGACUUCAUGUCAAGACAUUGGAGACUGUCUCAAAUUGGUCAUCGACGCUCUGAGAUACGGAGACAUCAAACCGUGGAUUCACAGAGACAGCAGCAGCUCCCUCAGCAAGCUCAUCCUGCAGUCCUACCACCAGCAGAUCGAGCACGUGUCUCUCACAGGUGUCAUCCCUGUCCACAUGCUGCUAGAGAUGGGUCUCGACAAGAUGAGAAAGGAUUACAUUAACUACCUCAUUGGUGAGGAAUUGACGACUCUAAACCAUUUGUGUUACUACCUGAGCACUGAGGUUGAUCUUCAACAGCAAGUGAUCCGACUCAGAAAACUGCACCACCUGCUGGAAAUAAUUGUCACCUGCGGUACAUUCCUGGGUUUGCCCUACGACCGGCAGUUCCUUCUUACACAAUCAUGUUUGCAGCACUACAAAACAAACCCAUAUGAUGAGGAACAUGAAUUCAAACUCCAAAUGAAACCAGCCCUGAUCAGCCAUUUUUACCAGAGUGAGCAACCAGUUUUGUGGGGAGCUGAGGUGUCCAGUGGCCACGGUCCCCGAGAAGUCAGGACGUCCUUACAGCUCAGUGACAGACCAAUGGUUGAUCAUGUCAUCUUCGAAACAGAUUACCCAAAUGAAACGGUGAAUGGGGACAGUGAGGAUCCCGCCUUCUUCUCCACCAUGGUGUGCUGCAGUCUAGUCAACUUUGCAUAAAUUUACACAGCUAACGACUAAACAACAAAGGUGUUUGUUCUCAUAUUUGAAAUCCUCAUUAGCAAUUAACAUGUUUCAAAAUACCAGAUUUUCAAAACCAAGGGAUUUCUGUUUAUAUACUGUUUUUUCUUGUUAAAGGUUUUCAAUUAACAACUUUCAGUCCUUUGUAUAUAGGUUAUUUCACCCUGUCAGGGGUUUUGUAACCAUUUCUUUAUUAUUGUAUUUUUCUAAAAUGUUGUACUAUGUAGAGCAGUUGAAAGAGAUUGUGGAGCUUUUUUGCAGACCAGCUCCCACCUUCAGCCAAAUGAAAACACAAAAUACAGUAGAUCAUCAGGGCUGUUUGCAAUGGUCAUAUUCCACAUCAAAAUUUUAAUACGAAAAUCCAACAUUUUGCAGGGCUUUCCAAACAGUUUGAGUGUCUGUAAAUAUAUUCAUUGUUCUAGGCUAAACCAAUGUUUUUACAGCAAACACUGUAAACACGUCAAAUUAAUAAAGUCAGUAAUUCUCUUCAGUUCAAAUAAUGCAUUCAUGUUCACACAUGGUCCAUUAAAGAAAUUAUGCAUUUACUA